UCGCCGGAAGCUUCUCUUCGUCAAAACCCAACCCAAAGGCCUCUCUUUUUAUCCCUUGGAUUUUUUCUCACUUCUUCUUCUCUCAGUGAGUCUGUUCUUAAUGUUAGCUGGGAUCUCUUAGAGAGAGAGUUGUUAAUGUCACCGCCUCUGGAGCAUGAUUACAUAGGUCUCUCGGAGGUCUCCUCCAUGGAGAGCUCCGACAAGCUCUCCUCGUCCGCUUCCGCCGCCGCCGAGGACGCCGAUGACCAUCACCUGCCGGCGCUGAACCUGAAGGAGACCGAGCUCAGGCUCGGCCUCCCCGGCUCGGAGUCCCCCGACCGGAAGGAGAAGGUGGGUCUCACCCUCGGGCUGCUCCCCAAGAACUUCGUGUCGGGCGCCAAGAGGGGUUUUUCGGACGCGAUCGAUGAGUCUGCCGGCAAGUGGGGAUUCGCCGGAGGAGCUGGAUCGGACGGGGAAUUGGGGAAAGGUGGCGUCUUGUUCUCGCCCAGAGGGGACGGUGGCGUCGGAGGGCAGCAUUCGGCCCAGGGAAGCGCCGGGAAGGAUGCUGUGGCGAAGGUUACCGGCCAGGAGAAGAAGGCCCCGGCCCCGGCCCCGGCUUCGCAUGGGAAUGACCGCGGGAUUGCGCCUGCUGCAAAGGCACAGGUGGUAGGUUGGCCACCAAUUCGGAGUUAUCGGAAGAACACCAUGGCUACUAACCCAUUGAAGAACAAAGAAGAUGCUGAAGGGAAACAAGGAUUCGGGUGUUUGUAUGUGAAGGUUAGCAUGGAUGGAGCCCCGUACCUCAGGAAAGUUGACCUGAAAACCUACAACAACUAUAAGGAGCUGUCAUCAGCACUUGGAAAAAUGUUCAGCUGCUUUACAAUUGGCCAAUGUGGUUCUCAUGGAAUACCAUGCAGAGAUGGAUUAUCUGAGAGCCGGUUGAUGGAUCUUCUAAAUGGAUCUGAAUAUGUGCUCACAUAUGAAGACAAGGAUGGAGACUGGAUGCUGGUCGGCGACGUUCCAUGGGAGAUGUUCACCGACUCUUGUAGGAGGCUUAGGAUCAUGAAAGGUUCAGAUGCAAUUGGACUUGCUCCAAGGGCCAUGGAGAAGUGCAAGAACCGUGAUUAGCACCAUUGCCAACCCUCAAUGAAAGUGCAAGCGAAUUUGAUGGCUGUAAGGGCCCCCGAAAACCAACAGAUUAUAAGGGUCGUAGUUGGAAACUGUCAUAUAUCUAUCAUAUCCUGUUGUUUGCGGUUUCAAAUGGACUAAGACUUUCUACUAGCUUCCUAAGAUUUCCUAGGGACAUAAGCUUUAUUAGAUUGUGCCUUCAGUCUGUGUGUUUGCCAUGUUAUAUCUGUGUAAAUGGUUGGUUUGCUGUUUGUAACUGCUAUGGUUUGGUCACCGUUUCCUGUGUGCAAAUGUUAGUUACAAACUCCCUCUUUUUUUUAAAAGGCAAAGAAAGUGUGAACUCUGCUCUCUCAA